AGAAGGGUCAGUGAAUAAUACAUACUACUGCCAAAAAAUAGAGAAAGGUGGAUUCAGUCCAGUAAGAAUCUGUGAAACAGCAGCUGGUUUCUGAAAAAAACAAUCCUCCUAAAGCCCUAAAAAUCCAGCCUAUUGUUGCCUGCCCUGCUUUUGAGUGCACAAGAGGAAAACAUGCAUAUAAUAAUUUGAAUAUUCCUGGGAGAACAACAGGAUGUUACAGUAACAUGAAGAAACCAAGGUCCCGAGAACACACAGCCCUUUGCCUACUAGCUUGGAGUUGCCUACAGUUUGCUUUGGGUGAAUCUCUUGAAUCCCCAGCCAGCACCCCUGGAGAGGAGACUAGCAUAAAGACCUUCUUAAGAGAAGCUGCGAAUGGGACCACAACACAGAGCAACUUUUCAGCUCAAUGUGCAGCUCUCCAUCUUCCACGCUAUGGAUUUAUGUACAUUGAUGAGGGCUCUGGCAGCUCCCUGGGCUCAGCUGUCAUCUAUGGGUGCUCAGAAGGAUAUCAGCUUGUAGGCAAUGGAAAGCUGACUUGUUUGCUGAAAGGAGGCAUCCCAUACUGGAGUCAUCCUCCACCGCAUUGUGAAGUGAUCCCAAAGCCGACAGACAAAGGUUUCCAAGUGGCAGUUAUAGCCUCUCUCAUCAGCGGAGUUGUCAUUGUUACCAUGUCCAUCUCAUUUGCUGUUUGCUGCCUGCGAGACAGACUGCUGAGAGGAACUAAAUAUGGAAAUGGAGCCGAUGAAGAGCAACAGCAAAGGAGGAAAUGUAAGGAUGGAAGAGCCAGCUCUAAGCAGGAAAUGGGAAAACAAAGGAGUCACUUUGGGAAACUGAAGCACAAUCGCAGGCUUCACUACAGUACCUCCACCCUCUACAGUUGUGCAUAUCCUGGGGUACUGGCAGGAUGCAGCAACCAGGGAUUUCAAAGGAGUCAAGAAAACCUAGAAAAAGGCGCUCUGCCAUCUUUAUGCUCUGAGAUCCACAUCUUUCCGCAGGUUGUUCUGAAGCCAGACACGGUCCCAUCUACUUCCAUGUUUGUCCACUUACCUCAGAAACAAGGAGACAUUACUUUGACCGUGAAACCCUGCCAUCCCGGUCUUUCCCCAGAUUUGCCUUCUGCUUAUUAUAGAAGAUUUGAAGGACUCCAACUCUUGAGCAAGCAGUGAUGGAGGCAUUUUGAAUUCAAAGAAGUCACUUGGCUAAUUAUAAAUACUAAUGCCUCCAGAUUUUAGCAAGGUCCGUCAUGGUCAUGCAAAGUUCAGUCAGCAUAAAUUGCCCACAGCAAUCUGUUGACUGGGCUCCAAACAUGAGAGGCACAUACCGGUACUUUACAUCAAAUCUAAAACGUGCAACAGAGUAGGAUUAUCUGAACUAUGCAAACUUGUUCAGGACAAAAUGCAAUGAAAAAUGUUUGAUAACGCACACUUAUCUACAUAGCAAUAGAACUCUACAGGAAAAAAAUUGUUUUAACAUGUACUUCCCUUACAUGGAUUGCGGUGGGCUGUAGUCCCAACUUUAUGCGGAGUGCUUUCUGCUGCAAUUUAGAGAAGGCAGGCUGGGCAGGCCAGGAUUAAGCUGCACUCCUUGCUGUUGACUCCAGUUGAAUCCUCUGGGAAGGUAGGAAGCAGAUUUAGAGUAGGGAUGGGACACUGCCCUACACCAUCCCCACCCCACUUCCUAUGGACGUCAUUUCACUAGGACAUCCCAAACUGUAUGUUGAUCCCACCAUGCAACUGAAACAGCUAAUAUGAUGAAUUGAUUCUGAACUAGUUUAAAAAGCUGGAUUACUUGAGGAAAGACACAAGAGGUUAUUAUGUGUAACAUAAGAGUAAAUAUAAAACACAUACGAAAAAGUAGGAUAACCCUCAAAAACUGAUUGCUUUUCCCCCAUGACUUAGCUACAGAUCCCAUCUUCAGACACUAAAUUUCUAACUAGCUGACAUUUGGACUAGCAACAAGUAAUUGACAGAGGCAUAUCGUUAUUGUAAGUGCCAAGCUAUUCACUACCACUAGAUUUUUGCAAGAGGCAGCAUAGUGCAGCAAUUAAGAGUAAUGGACAUUUACAAUUUUCUAUAUUUAGAAAGCUUACCGUAUAUACUGGCGUAUAAGACUACUUUUGAACCCUGGGAAAUCAUCUGUAAAGUCUGGGGUCGUCUUAUACGCCGGGUACGUAGUCUUAUAUGGCGAGUAUAACCCAAACUCUAUAUUUUAACUGGGAAAGUGGAGGGUCGUCUUAUACACCCAGUCGUCUUAUACGCCGGUAUAUACGGUAUAUGCUGCCCCUCCAGAGACCCCUGCUCCAGGCAGCUUACAACUAAGAUAAUAAAAAGGCAUUAAAACAAAAUAGGGCAUAAAAACAUAAAAUACACAGUUAAUAACUUUAAGUGACUCUCAGGGCAGAA